UUAAUAAAAAAAACUCUAUGGGGUAUUUUGAGCUGAAACUUCACAGACACAUUCAGGGGACACCUUAGACUUAUAUUACAUCUUUUAAAAACAUAAUCUAGGGCACCUUUAAUAAUGUAUACCGUGACGGUUAUCAUACCGUGGAAAUAUCAUACCGUUACAACCCUAUUUUACAGUAAACACAAUAUCUUUGAUAGAUACAAAGACUAAAUUGAAGUUAUUACUGUACAUUCAUUAAUAAUAUCAUUUAAACUGCUGCAUCACAGUUACAACACACACAGUAAGUUGUAAGCAAAGGCUACAGAACUUUUUUUUUUUUUGCUUUAACAUGAUAUUAAUGUCAUACAAUUAUAAUUCCAGUAUUCCAACUCAUAACUAUAUAAAACUGGCAAACUCACUAAUAUCCAUGUGAUGUGUGCAAAAAUACCAGAAAGGGACAGAUUAUGGCAGUGUUGUGUUCAUAAGUAAAUUCCACCCACAGGAAUUACAUUAGCAAUGCAUAACUAAGUUAAUCUGCCUAGAACAGCAGCACAUUAAAAAUUGAGAGAUGAGUCAAAAUGAAUUGAUGCUGUUGACAAAACUUAUUUUAAAUCUGGAACAUUCCUUUGGCAAUCUUGUUUUGCACUUCAACAGUGCAAAAACUGUAAUUUCUUAACAGUUAAAUGAAAACUUCAACUAUGAAACUUUUCCACAUUGCAAAUGAAGCGAAGCGGUUCAAGCGCUCACACAUUAACUGAACUGAAUUAUAAAGGUUGUGAAUUGUUGCAUGUUCAUGUGAAAUGCAUGAGACCUUGACGCACUCACUCAUAGACACACAAUAAUACAUAUGCGCUAAUCGUACAGCUCUACUUGCUGACUGCAUUGCAGUGGUUGAAGCAACUAUGGCGGUCCUCUGCACUAAGCAUUAUGAGCCAACUUUUGACAAUAUUGCACAUUCACAUCCACAUAAAGCAGUCCAAAGUCUGACACUGCAAAAAUGCUUCUAUUAUAUUUUAUUUUAAUAUAUAAUAAUACAUAGACAACUAAUAUAGUUUGUCUGGCCAAACUAAACUAUACAAUUACAUAAAGCUCCCUGCAUGCAUUGCAAAUGAUGUGGUUAUAGUGUUACAAACUUUUUUGCUUUGCUUUUAGUGACUGCCAGUAUAUGUAUGCUGUAUUUGUUGUUUUAUGUCAUGAGGUCAGUUAUUUGCUGUGUGGUGAUGUAAAUUCUUCUUUUCACUUAAUGGUUGUUGUCACCAUUAUUGAACUUAAGUAUUUAUGUCUAUGUAUGUUUUAACACAACCGAAUUAAAUGUAAUGUAAUAUUGAUAAAACACCAGAUGUAUGAAUCAAAUGUGUUCUAAGGGAAAAUAAACCUUUAUGCUGGCCAGUGAAGUCAAAAGGCCCAGAGCUCCAUGAGCAGUGAAGGUUCAUUGCUGCAAUUCCAUCAGACCCAGCUCAAAUUCACCAGUCCGGUGUGACUUCAUCGCGGCUCUCAGGGGUCCCAGAGACGGUGGUGUGAGUCCUGGUAGGUGUAGGGGUGUGAGAGAUGGUUCAACGUAGAAGGAAAGGGGGAGGAAAAAGAGAAACCGUGGGAAUGGGUGGGGUGACGGGGGUUUCAGAGACAAUUUGGGAUAGAUGGGUGCCAUUCUGCAGAACGCCGGUCUCCAAUGGUGCUAGUGAACAGUGAGGUGUAAUUUCAUGGAUGAAGUCAAGACAUACACAAGAAGUGCCAGGGAACAGUGAGGAAAUUUUUGAGCCACUGUCAGCCUUUUCUGAGCCGAGCUGUUGGCAUCCAUAACCUGACUGUUACACACCGGUGGUGAGAUUCAUUCAAGGCCAAUGGUUUUUAAAGAGAAUCAGCUGACCGUUCCGCUGCUGACCUCCAUCGUGGCGGCAGUGCUUGGCUCCCUCCAAAUAGGAUACCACACAGGCAACAUCAAUGCCCCUGCCAGAGUCAUUGAAGAGUUUUUCAACACAACAUGGAGAUCCAGACACAAUCAGUCGAUACCAGAACACAGUCUCACGUUCCUGUGGUCCCUUUCUGUUAGUAUUAAGGACUUUGGAGCACUGCUUGGUUCACUGGGGGUCAAAGGUCUUGCUGACACUUUUGGGAGGCGUAAUGCCAUUCUGAUAGUGAAUGCCUUAUCAGUGGUGGGUGCCUCCCUGAUGUUCAUGAGCAAAGCCACAGCAUCAUUUGAAGUGCUUAUCGUGGGUCGGCUGAUCUUUGGUUUGUUCUGUGGCCUGGUGAUGAGCCUGAACCCGCUGUACAUUCAGGGUGUCUCGCCCACAAACCUCCGCGGUGCCUUUGCAACUCUGAACCAGGUCUCCUUUGCCUCAGGCAUUCUGCUGGGCAUGGUGGUGGGCUUGGAAACGGUAUUGGGUACAGAGAAAUAUUGGUCCCUGAUGUUGUCUCUGUCCCUUAUUCCUGCAACGCUCCAAUAUAUGAGCCUUCCUUUUUGCCCCGAGAGCCCCCGCUACCUCUUCAUCAACAGGGGCAAAGAAAAAGAAGCAGAGGCAGCCCUGAGGAGACUUCGGGGAAAUCCAGAGAUGGUGAUGAAAGAAAUGGAGGAGAUGAGAGAGGAAGCAGCCCAUAGCGAAACAGGAGUGACUGUGAGAGAAUUCCUCAGGAAGCGACGCUAUAGGCAGCCAAUAAUACUUGUGCUUAUCAUAAACUUGGGCAGCCAGUUAUCUGGAUUCAAUGCGAUCAUAAAUUAUUCUACAAAAAUGUUUGCCCAGUCCAAUUUUGAUGAAGCCAAAUAUCUGACACUAGGGGUGGGGGCCGUCAAUGUGGCAUUCACCAUAGUAGCAUUCUUUUUGGUGGAGAGAGCGGGACGCAGGAAGUUGUUGCUUGCUGGAUUUCUGUCACUAGUGCUCUGCAACUUACUUAUGACCAUCACAUAUUCCAUACUGACCAUAAUUCCAGACAUCCGUAAUAUUCAGGUGUUGGUGGUUUUCUUCCUGAUCUCAGCUUAUGAAGUGGGGCCUGGGCCAAUCUCUUGGUUCAUUGCCGCAGAGCUUUUUGACCAGUCGGCCCGUCCCAUUGCCAUGGCCUUCACUAGUAUGCUUAACUGGGGAGGGAAGUUUUUACUAGCACUGCUCUUUCCACCUCUGCUGAAAAUUUGUGGAGCCUACGUCUACCUCCUCUUCAUGUGUAUGGCCUUGCUCGCCUUCACCUACACCAUGUUUCGUCUUCCUGAGACCAAGGGACGCACUUUUGAUGACAUUGCGGCUGAGUUCCGCGGGGCCGAGGAAAUUCCACUACAUAACAAGACCACAUUUAACACGUUUACCUGAUCACUUUCAGCUUUGAGGUUAUCGGGACCAUUAAACAGUAAUCAACUCAAAUGCAACUGGUGCGUUUAUGCAACAUAUUAAUGAGUAUCAAAGUAUAUUAGGGAUUCUGCAUAGAAUAUCUAAUCAGAAAAUGUUAAUCUACAACAUAAAUUCUAAAACUGGACCACCUUUGUAGACGUUUACAGACAAAACAUAACCUUUAUAAGUUUUUAUCACACUGUGAAAUCUCAAAAAGAGUUUGUGUACUCUUUGUACUCCAGUCAUCUAUUUGGUAAGCCAAGAUUAAGAAAAAACAUUCUAUCAAACAAAUUGACUGAUGAUAUUGACAGGUAUAAUAAUAGCGAAACUACUUGAUAAAUCCAUGUAAACUGUUUUCAAUGUAUAUGCAUUCCCUGAGAUAUUUCCAAUGUGUUUCACAGCAGUCUUUUCUUUUCCAUUUAAACACUGAUAGAACAUGUGAAUAUGAUUGUAAACAAGAAAUAAAAAAAAAUUCAGCAUUUUGUUCAAGUAUA